AUGCUCUCAAGCUUGAACAACGACGAGACGACACAAUCAUGUGGAGAAGGCGACGAAGACUGCUGUCAAGUUUUCAAGAGUUUAAUGGAGUGCGCAAUAUUUAUAAGGCGCAAUGAACUCUCAAGAAGAUCAUCUCGAUUGACAUUUCCAAUUGAAAACAUUUUCUCAUUCUUAAAUGUUCUAUCCCAGACAAUGUUGAUACACAUAAAAGUGAAAAAAGAAGGAAAAUCCUUAACUCAAACUAAAAUUGAACGUCUUCCAUUUCUGUCGUUGGUCCAACAACCAUUAAAACAUGAUAAGUAUGAUCAUGUCAAUGUCAUCGAGGGACUUCUACUUACAUUCAAUAUCAAUAAAAUUUGCUUUCGACACACAUUCGUACAAUCUGAAGAACUUUACAUCCAUUUACGAUUUCGUAAUAUUUGCAGAGCUUUUAUCUCCUUCAACUUCUUGCUUGCUUGUGUGAAUGUCUUUGAUAAAUCACAUCAAGAUCAUUCAUUGUCUUCGGACUGUUUGGCUCCAUAUCGGCUUCAGCGUCGAUACAGAUUUGAUGAGAAUGAGAAUCUGAUCGUGUACCCUCGGGAACGACUAUCACAACAUCGCCACUACUGCCAACACAAUCAUUCUGCUCCAUAUGACUCACAUAUUGAGGUGGAACUGAACUGCUGCAACCCAUGA